AGGUCACGCAGCUGGUCAUUUGCCGAGCGUCCUGGGUUUCUACUGGUCUUUGCAUUCUUCGUUGCGCAGCUGAUUGCUACACUGAUCGCGGUGUAUGCUGACUGGCCGUUCACUCAGAUCAAAGGCAUCGGGUGGGGCUGGGCUGGCGUCGUGUGGCUCUACAAUAUCAUCACAUACCUCCCGCUCGAUAUCAUCAAGUUCCUCAUCCGAUACACUCUGAGCGGCAAAGCAUGGGAUCUCGUCAUCGAUCAAAGGAUUGCGUUCACAAGGAAGAAAGACUUCGGCAAGGAGGAGAGGGAGCUCAAGUGGGCACACGCUCAGAGGACCCUCCAUGGGCUGCAGCCACCGGAUGCUAAGAUGUUCUCGGAGAAGGGGGGCUACAAUGAGCUGAAUCACAUGGCUGAAGAGGCCAAGAGGAGGGCCGAGAUUGCAAGGUUGAGGGAGCUUCAUACUCUCAAAGGGCAUGUGGAGUCCGUCGUCAAGCUGAAGGGUCUCGAUAUCGAGACGAUCCAGCAAUCCUACACGGUCUGAUGAUCUGAGCUGUCCAGGAGAAAAAAGGGGGAAAUCCCUAAUUUAUUGGUUACCGUCAUGAGUGAAGAGUGGAUCCUCUUCUUUGCUGUGAACUUUACUACUGUAAUCGUCCGCGUAGUACCUGAGACAUAUCUACUGUAGUUUAAGCUUGCCGGUUGGUGAUAUAGUUUCACGCCACCUAAGUAAUGGCGUGGCCGUUUUUUUCUUCUUCUUCGUUUUUUCUGUUUUCAGAUAGUAUGUAUAUUAUGUUUUUCUCUCUUCAUUUUAAGCUCGUUACCGACA